CACACACGACACGUCGCUGAAUGAAGAUUCCAGUUUUCUAUAUAUUUUUCCACCAAGAAUCACUGAAAUAUCUGCUUUUGGAACACUGUAAUUCUAGUUAGUGGAUUGCUUCGUAUCCUUUUGUUGCCUUGGAUCUCACCAUGGCUGACGAAAACCUAAUUCUCGAUAUGGAAAAUGUUAGAAAGAAAGCCCAGGAAUCAGCAGCUGACGAUCUGGCUUUUCAUGAUUAUGCUGAUUCUCAGCUGAUUGAUGACAUCAAUGACGGGGACAAUGUCGGCCAAACGAUAAAAUUCACCAAUCAUCCGAGUGAUAAUGACGAAGAUGAGGACGAAACAGAGCUUCUUUCUGGUCAGAAGAAACAGCCAUCGUUCUGGACCUUUGAGUACUACCAGCAGUUCUUUGACGUCGAUACACCACAAGUCUUGUGGCGGUUGGCCGGCUCAUGCAUGCCGAGGCCAUCAACGAACUACUUACAAACCCAGAUCCGACCUAACCCAGACCUGUAUGGACCAUUCUGGGUAUGUGCUACUCUGGUCUUCACCAUCGCCAUCAGCGGAGAUAUGGCUGACUACAUCUCACAUCGGGAUGAAUCGGAGUACCACUGGCAUGCUCACUUCUAUAACGUUACCGUAGCGGGUGUUGCAAUCUUCAUGUACGCUUGGCUGGUACCCGCUGGCUUCUAUGCAUUCUUACAUUGGCGUGGGAACCAGGCAGGGUAUACGUUCCUGGAGUUGGCCUGUCUCUAUGGUUACUCCUUUACAAUCUACAUCCCUAUUUCGCUGUUGUGGGCCAUAAACUAUGACUGGCUACGAUGGGUGCUGGUGGGGUUAGCCCUGGCCCUCUCUAGUACAGUAUUGCUGGUGUCUCUCUGGCCAUCAUUGAGAGGUGAAGACAUGAAGACGUCUAUCCCUGUCAUGUUUGUGCUGUUCCUACUGCACGCUGGCCUCGCUGUGGGCUUUAAGUUGUACUUCUUUCAGUUUGCUUUCCACGAGCCUACUCCACCAGUUACGACAACGGUCGCCACCAAGUUACCGCCGCACUUACCGACGCAGUUACCGCCGCACUUACCGACGCACUUACCGCCGCACUUACCAACCACAAACAGUUCUCACGCCAUUAACCCUCUGACCUGAUCAGCCUACUGGCUUAAAAAAUCAUCCCCGUCUCGAACCCCCCUCAUUAGCGAAAAGUAUGAAAGGCAAGGUGGCUGUAAAACGUAUAAACGCGCUUUGUAGUUUAAACCAGCGAGGAAAUCCUGUAAAUCUACAGAGAAAAACAAAUAAUGAUAAUACUGGGUCCUUAAAUAGUGCUUUAUCACACCUCUAUCUUGUGAAACUCUGCCAGAUGAGUGGCGUCAAGGGGUUUCAUUGCGGAACACGCGAUCGAUGGAGAAAAACAUUUUCCUGUUCGGACAAUACGUUUCCAAGAGUGUUUGUGUUUUUGUUUGUUUGUAGUCAACAUAUUUGACCUUGUAUUCAUCUAUUUAAUGAUACCAGUAAUAAUAAUAGGUUAUAAUAUAGCGCUUUAUCGGUGUAUCAGAGCACUCAGUAUUUUUGCUUGAAGGUAUGUGGAGCUACAUUUAUGAGACCUAUCCCUUUAAAGCACCAUAUAAUGAUUUACAAGGUGAUCUGGCGCAAUAUGCUGCCCAGAACUUAAUGUAAAUUUGUUUAAAUAUUGCUUUUUCAAUUGCAUAGGGCUUGAAGUGUAUACUAAAUCGCAGCCUCGAGGCCAGUGGUUUUAGCGUUGCGCCAGUAAAAACUUGCGGUCGUUUGGCGUUUUUGCCAAUGUUUACUUUGAGUCUGAUGAUAUCUUUGGAUUCUGUAAAAGACAUGACGCCAUUUGAGUUGGGCGCCCUCACUUAGAGGUCAAAAGGUGGUAGUUCAUUGGCCUAUCUUGUGCGUCCCGCGUCCCACCUGUGCAAAUCUGCGUUUCCUUUGUCUUUCAUCAUCAGUUUAUGUACCUCUAAGAUGGUGUCUGGCUGACGUCAAUGCAUGAGGUCUAUUGAAGUAUAGGGACCUACUUACACUUACCCAUAAAACAAUCUUCUCUUAGUGCAUGUUGGAAUCUUAAACUGUGUACCUGUAUUUUGUUAAACUAAAUUUCAAUGCUGGUAUAGAGUGUAUCGUGGAAUAACCCCUUUGUUGCUAUGAAAGUGGCCAUAUAUUGUAGGGCAGGUAGUAUGCACGUCUAAACGCUUACCAUUCAUUAGAGGACACCUGUUGUACUUCCUGUUGUUCCUGUAUUAGUUUUGUACGCAAAUGACUAGUGAGGACCGAUUGUCCCUAUUGAAUAAUGUCCUCGGAGGGUAUGUCAUACAAACACACACACACACACACCGCUGUGUUUAUGGUGUAAACUGAGGACUUCUCUUUGUUCUCCCAUUGUUUGGACAAUUUUCAGACGUCCCAUUGGUUUUGUACAUGAAAUCGAAUUGAGGCGUCCUUGGUGUGACUUUUCCCGGAUCCCCUUUUGUUAAAGUCCUCGGUUUGAAUGCGUAGACAUGCCCAAGUGUGUAAACACCUGUAGUCAUGGACCCUCCUUUGUUCAACUCUUUGUGAUAGCAACCGUGGACCCCAUUGUAUUCCUUUGUGAUAGCAACCGUGGACCCCUCGUCCCUUUUAUUAUAGGUCCCAGGUUUGAAUGUGGAUACAAAUCCGCUCACACAUGCCAUGUUGUGGACAGGUAUUUGAAUGGUGAAGCCAUUUUCAAUUUGGUCUAUUGUGAAAAAUAAAUCUGGCCAGUACUCAUUGUAUAAGUCUUAUGGUCUUGUAGAGUUUUCCCCACAAACUCAAGCCCUAUGACACAUAGAUCAUGUCACUUCAUUUGUAAAAAUCCUCCGUAUUCCAUACAUUUCUUGGUAGGCAAGACACUACAUUGCUUACAACACGCAAGUUUUUUGUGGAAAUGCCAUCAUUCCUUUUGUUACAACAGCCUUCGACCUAGCCAUUAUCUACCCGUUUGAAGUACCAUAUUAAAAAGUGUACUGUUAGAAAAAUUACUUGUAGCGCCCAAGUUGGAAUCUUAACCCAAGCUGUGGUUUUAAAAAGGGCUUUGUAUAAAAACAUUAAGAGAGACACUUUGACAGGUAUUUCUAGUAGGUAUGUUCUCAGUCUUCCAAUUUAUUUCUCGUUUAAAACCAUUUUAAAAGUGGUUUUGAUAGCUUUAGACUAAUCAUAACAAUAGGUUGUGUAAAUCUUGCACACAAAUUUGAGAUGGGUUUUUAGUUCACAAGUUUGUUUCCUUAACGCGUUAAAGAAAUGUACAGGACCAAACAUGUCAUUUGUGUCAUUUAAAGCUCUAACUUUGUUAAUUAAUACAGGCAUUAUGUUUUUUCCAUUUUAGAGAGGCUACAGUUUUUAAUGUUUCUGCAUAUUAAAUAUGCACCUUUUUUCAACUUUGCUGUUCGUUAUAGCUAUGUCGGUAAUGGGUAAAUUUAAAUUGUAAACGCUGAUUGUCAAAGUAUGAUUUAUUUAAAACCGCUGAUUAAGCCUGGGCGACUAGUGAAAUGGAAGUGGAAAACGGAAAUCGACUAUCCUUCUCAAACUGUGGAGUUUCCACUGUAUUGCUAAUCACACAAACAAAUUGGCGAAAGACAUUCCUCUUUAAGUUUUGAGUGUACGUUCCAGCAGUAGGGGCUGUACUUUGGCCUUUGUACUUAUCCACAAGAAACACAUCAAAGAAACUUUUGCAAAUAACCUAAACUCACUGCAGUUAUUAUUGAACUCUUUUGGGUAUACGAUGCAAGGCCUUGUGAUUGUUUGCUAAAAGAGCCAGUUUUGUUCUCAAAAUAUUGACAAGUGAAGUGAUUUUUCUUUUCGUACGAUGAGUGAUGAAAUAAUAUCCCUUUGUUGGUGCUCACUGACCAGCGCAUACAUAAACCCCCUUAUAUAGGUACAAUUCAUCUCGAUUGAGCAUUUACAUCUGGCUUGUUCCAAUCUAUGUAGAUGUUUUUUGCUUGUUUUAUUUACCUAAGUAGCAUGAGGUAGAUUUAGAUGUUGGUCCACUGGCUCUUAUUGUCCACCUCUAAAAUUGGUAACCCACCAAAGAGGCAUCAAGUCAUACAUAUAGCAACUGGUCCCCUGUCGUUUUAUAUUCUUGUGACAUGUUGAACUGCAAUGAAUGACAGUUUGCAAACAUUUAUAAUUUUUUUGAAUUGCAUCAAAGUUCUUGCAAAUUUGUAUGUCUGUACUAAAGCGCCCUAUAUGGCUUGCAAGGUUUUUAACUAACGUGGACGAAGCAGUAACGUUUGGGAGCCAUCGUUGUUUUCCAGUUCAUUCCGCCAGGGGGUUAGUGACAAGAGGUAGUGAUUCGGCGCGCUGCCCAUUGAAGAAAGGCUAAGAACUAAUGUGUGACACUAGAAGCAAGUUACAGUGUGCACCAUGGUUACCUAAAGGUUGACUAGUUUGACUCGAACCCAGGCUUGCGCCCAGUCGACCAUUGGUUGUCUGACUACCGUGGUUGACCCUUUGGAACCAGCCUCGAGCCCUUGGUUUCUUCACUGGGUCUCAAUAGCCUAUUCUAUUCUAACAUGUGUCAAAGUGCAGAGGGGAACCAGCGACACUAAAGUGAGAGCGCAGAAAGCAAUGUAGUAGUGAAUACCGUGGUACCGAUCUGGUUGACUCGAAGCAAGGCUUAUUGACCAGCCUCAAGCCCUUGGUUUCUUCACUGGGUCUCAAUAGCCUGUUCUAUUCUAACAUGUGUAAAAGUGCAGAGGGGAACCAGUGACACGAUAGCAAGAGCGUGGAAAGCAAUGUAGUGUUUAAUACCGAUGGUUGACUAGGCUUCCAAAUGAGUCUUGCUGGUCAGUAGUCAAUCUUGAGUCCACUACAUGUGCCUACUCAAACUUACUAUAUGCAGCAGAUUUCUUCCAUUGUUGUAUCUUCUAUUGGACUUGGUGUGAUCAUACAUUAGUCAGGUCCCUUCUGGUUUGUAAUGAGAACUAUUCCUCAGUGUUUAUUGAACACGGGCAACAAGACAAAGACAAAAGAAGUAUUUUAAAAGGUUGGGUACAGCCUCUACAUGAAGUAGGUUCUUGUAUAUAUUUUUCCUGCAUUGUACGUACAUACAUCAACUCAGUUCACAUUGUUUAACUGUAAAUAGAUCUUUAUAAUUAUUUCAGUUACAUAAUUGGAUAUAACUAUGGUCGGUGACUUUGUAAAAGGGAUUGAUUGUAUACAUUUGGUAAUUGGAAUUCACUGUUUCAAUCAUAGUUGUCGAUAUAAAUACCAUAUUUUAAUUUGACAGAUAAAGUGCAAUUCAGUUUUGGGGAAAACUGCCUCCAUCAUGUGAGUUUAUUAAUAUUACAUUGACAUCAACUGUGACCUUAAAGACAGUGGAUACUGUUGGUAAUUGUCAAAGACUAGUCU